GUUUUAUUGUUUGCCAUUGCUUUGUUGCUUCAUCGUAAUAACUUACUCUCUUUCACGAAAACUCUCUCAAUCGAGUGAGAAAUCAGAAUUCGUACGUUGCUUUGAGGUUAAUGAUCCGUCUCUCUUCUUAUCCUAAAGUUUAUUCCUUCUUUUUUUUCUGAUUGAUUGCAAAAGAGGUUUUCCGGGUUUUAGGGUUUUUGUUUUCUCAUCACGUUUUUUUCGCCCGAGUCGUGAAAUUUCUCUUUUCCCACGUUUUGGGUUUCGAAGUUUUGUAAGUCUGCUUCUAUCUCCGUCAAAAUUCGUUGAUUUUUGUGAUAAAGUUUGUUUUUUUCGCAAGUUUAGCACAAGCUUAAAUCCUUCAAUUUUCAGCUUCUGUUUGUUAAAUUUCAGGUUUUUGUUGUUUUUGAGCUAAUUGAAGACCCUAUUUGAUCUUAAGAAGCAAUCAGCUUUUAGUUUAAGCAUCUAGAAACUUGAAUUUUGCGAACCUUUUUGGUAUUUUUCAAAAUUUAGUCUCUCUGUAGAACUUUGGUUUUGUGUCCGAUGAUCGUUGAUUGGUUUCUCAGGGUUUAAGUUGGUGUUGAAAUAUUUAACUUUCUAUUUAUGGUCUCUACAUGUUUUCUGUUUAAUUCUAUUAGAAACAUGUGAUACAGAGAGGUAGCUUAUAUCUGCAGUCAAAAGAUCUUAUAAAGGAUAUGUUUAUGUUAUAUAUAUCUUAAGGAACUUGUUUCGGUUAGAAUUUAGCGUCUAAAAGGCUCCUAGGAUUUGGGGAAUAUUGAUUAUUGGUGGAUACAACUAUACAAAAGGCUUACUUAGAAGUUGCAUUAGCCAUGUUUUCUUGGAUAAUCUCUUUAGGAUAACGGCUAAGCAAUUGUCUUUUGUUAUGAAUAUAGCUCUUCUAUUCUUUUGCAAUCUUGUUUCUCUAACUAAAGAAUUGAUGUUGUGUAUGCGCAUAUGCUUCUUCUCUCUCUGAGUUUUCUUUUUGUUGGCAUUGACAGGACGCACACAAGAACUUAAUUCGAUUCAGAGAGAUAAUGGAUUUUAAAGGUAUAAAAUGGGUUGGGAAUGUUUAUCAGAAGUUUGAAGCAAUGUGCUUAGAGGUUGAAGAAAUUAUCGUGCAGGACACAGCAAAAUAUGUUGAGAAUCAAGUUCAGACGGUUGGUAACAGUGUCAAGAAAUUCUGUUCAGAUGUGGUUCACGACUUGCUGCCUGAUGAAUCUGUAGAUUCGGGAAAACCUUUGCCCGUUUCUAUGUUACAUGAAUACGCCCCUGUUUAUUCUUUCAAAAAAAAAAAAGAUAGUAUGAACCGGAAAACUAAAGAUGUGACACAAGAGCAAGAGGUAACUGAGGGGAAGAAGGAUGGAUUUGCAAAGAAAUUACGUGGUCUUGAUGCAGAUGAUUAUGAUAUCUGUACUUCUCCAAGGCAGUAUAGUUAUGGAGGUCCAUACAGAAGAACAAGAAUCGGCCGCAAACAGAUAUUUAAAAAAGAGGAGCUUUCCCAAGUCAUCAGGCCUUAUAUCCAGAAAGACUUGACUAGUUUAUCAAUGGUUCAUAGUGCUCGUGUCAAAGAUGAUCUUGGAACUGUAAACUCUAGUAGUUUAUCAAUGGUUCAUAGUGCUCGUGUCAAUGAUGAUGUUGGAACUGUAAACUCAAGUAGUUUAUCAAUGGUUCAUCAUGCUAGUAUGAAAGAUGAUGUCGGAACUGUAAAGUCAAGUGAUUCUCCUCCAGGUGAAGUAGAAAAACUCAUCUCCAAAAAGAAAUGUCAGAAAGACGAUAAAGCCAAAAAUCAACAGAGUCUGACAGUGGUUAAUUCUGUUAAAAGUAAUGAUUCAGAGGUUAUAGUCGAUAAUGAACACGGUCUUUCGGCAGAUAAGUCUGUUAGAAGUCAAGAUUUGGAGAUUCAACCAUCUCUGGCCACUAGCUUACCUGCAGAAUCUGAUGAUUGCAGAAAGGAAACCAAUGUGGAAACAAGUUCGAGUUCUGUCUCAGAGCCGAAGUCAGAGAUUCUCCAACAUCUUAGUGGGAGAUCAGUUGAAGAAAGCUGUAUACUUGUGGAUAGAGACGAAUUCCAUAGUGUGUUUCCUGACAAGAUGGAGAAUGACAAACACAAACCUUACAAGAAGAUCAGAGACGCUAUAUCUUCAAGAAUGAAGCAAAACAGAGAAAAAGAAUACAAGCGACUUGCCCGGCAAUGGUACGCAGAAGAUGUUGAAAAUGGGAGAGAAUGUGGCGAUAAUCCGAAACCGAUAGAGGAAAACCAAUCAUCAGAAGAAUCUGAAUGGGAGCUUCUGUAAAAUGUUAAAUGGUAAACAGAGAAUAUAGCUCUCCUCUCUCUCUUUGUACAUAAAGAAUGUAUUAAGCAAAACAUAAGAUAAGAAGCAGCUAAGAAGUCAAAAGGCUUCUUCCUCUGGUUACAUAAUAAAUAAGGCCCUUAUCUUUAUCAAAUUUUCGUUUAACUUAUUUUUAUAAUUUCAAGUGAAGAUGUUUUAUAAAUUGUUUGCAUUUGUGAAUAUUUUUGUGGGAGAAGAAAAAAGUCUUUCACUU